CCGGGCGGCGCCGGGGAGGGUCCGGCGGCCCCCCCCGCCCCAGCCCGCCCUCGCUGCGAGGAGAGCCCGGUCAGGAUAUGAGUCUUCCUCUGUGCCCGGGCCUUGGGCUCCCCCAGGGGGUGUAACAGAGCCCCGAGGGGGCGUUCUGCAACGAGAAUUGGCUUUGGAGGCUUGUGCUUGAAGCUUGUCCAAUGAGUCUGAGACGCCCAAGCACCAUUCAUUUUGGAGGUACAGCAGCAGCUCAUGAUGCCCCGUAAAGCUUUUCUUUCCCAGAAAGAAAAGCAGGCUCGUGCCAGGGAAAGGGAUAUGUUAAAAAAGAGGAGGAGGCGACAAGACUAUCUCAAAAGAAGCGUGGAGCCGCAGAAAAAUGCAGAAACAAUAAAAUGGCACAGGGAUGAUGAGAAGAGGAGAGAAAAUGAGCAAGUUAAGGACAAAGAUAUCAAGAAGCGGUGGAGACAGGAUGAGAGAGAACGACGAAAGAAUGUGGACGCUAUGAAUUGGCACAGGGAAGAGGAGAAAUGGGAAAAUGAGCGAGAAACUAUGUUCCAACUUCCUGUCAACAACCUUGGCAGUUUAAGAAAGGCCCGGAAAACUGUGAAAAAAAUACUUAGUGACAUUGGUUUGGAGUACUGUAAAGAACAUAUAGAAGAUUUUAAGCAGUUUGAACCUAAUGACUUUUAUUUGAAAAACACUACAUGGGAGGAUGUGGGACUGUGGGACCCAUCGCUUACAAAAAACCAGGACUAUCGGACAAAGCCCUUUUGCUGCAGUGCAUGUCCCUUCUCCUCGAAGUUCUUUUCAGCCUACAAAAGCCACUUCCGGAAUGUUCACAGCGAAGACUUUGAGAACAGGAUCCUGCUCAACUGCCCCUACUGUACCUUCAACGCGGACAAAAAGACUUUGGAAACGCACAUUAAAAUAUUCCAUGCUCCCAAUGCCAGUACACCGAGUGGAGGCAUCAGCACUUUCAAAGAUAAAAACAAACACGAGAGCCUUAAACCCAAGCAGGCUGACAGUGUGGAACAAGCUGUUUAUUACUGUAAGAAGUGCACUUACCGUGACCCGCUCUACGAAAUCGUUCGAAAGCACAUUUACAGGGAACAUUUUCAGCACGUUGCUGCUCCUUACGUAGCCAAGGGAGGCGAAAAGUCCCUCAAUGGUGCAGUUCCGUUGAGCUCCGGUGCCCGAGAGGAGGGGGGUAUCCACUGCAAACGAUGCCUUUUCAUGCCGAAAUCCUACGAAGCUUUAGUCCAGCACGUGAUCGAAGACCACGAGCGGAUCGGGUACCAGGUCACGGCAAUGAUAGGUCACACCAACGUAGUGGUUCCCAGAUCCAAACCUUUGAUGCUAAUAGCUCCCAAACCCCAGGAUAAAAAGCCUAUGGGACUCCCUCAGAGGAUGGGUGCCCUGUCUGCUGGCAGCGUCCGCUCGCUCUCGUCGCAGCAGAUGAUGAACAGACUCACUAUACCAAAGCCCACGUUAAACUCUGCAGGAGUCAAUAUGAUGUCAAACGUUCACCUACAGCAGAACAAUUACGGGGUUAAAUCAGUUCCCCCCAGUUACGUUGGUCAGCCAGGGGGGAGGCUCAGCCUCGGUGGCAAUGCAGCUGUUUCUCUUUCCCAACAAUCACAAAGCAUGAAACAGUUUUCAGCGAGUGGCAACGGAAGGCCUUACACUCUGGGAGGGGAGCAGAGGUCCCAGGCCUCAGCCAGGUACUCGCUGCAGUCUGCCAACUCCUCCUCACUGUCGUCGGCACAGCUCAAGCAGGCGUCGCUGUCGCAGUCCCAGGCAUCCAGAGCUCUGGGGCAGUCUGGCUCCAAAUCCCCCGUGGCUGCUACAGGUCCUUCCACUGUCAACACCUCGUCCACGCAGAAGUGGAAAAUCUGUACAAUCUGCAAUGAGCUGUUCCCCGAAAACGUGUACAGCGUCCACUUUGAGAAGGAGCACAAGGCCGAGAAGGUCCCUGCGGUGGCCAACUACAUCAUGAAAAUCCACAACUUCACGAGCAAAUGUCUCUACUGUAACCGCUACCUGCCCACGGACACGCUGCUCAAUCACAUGCUGAUCCACGGGCUCUCCUGCCCCUACUGCCGCUCCACCUUCAACGACGUGGAGAAGAUGGCUGCCCACAUGCGCAUGGUGCACGUGGACGAGGAGAUGGGACCUAAAACUGACUCCACCCUCACCUUUGAUUUGACAUUGCAGCAGGGCAGCCACACGAACAUACACCUCCUCGUCACCACCUACAACCUGCGGGAUGCUCCUGCCGAAUCCGUAGCUUACCACGCUCAGAACACCCCCCCGGUCCCCCCGAAACCGCAGCCCAAAAUCCAGGAGAAAUCCGACGUACCCGUCAAAAGUUCUCCGCAAGCGGCAGUGCCCUACAAAAAAGAUGUGGGGAAAACUCUGUGUCCUCUGUGCUUUUCGAUCCUAAAAGGCCCCAUCUCCGACGCGCUGGCGCAUCACCUCCGGGAGAGGCACCAGGUGAUUCAGACGGUUCACCCCGUGGAGAAGAAGCUGACCUACAAGUGCAUCCACUGCCUGGGCGUGUACACGAGCAACAUGACGGCCUCCACCAUAACGCUGCACCUGGUGCACUGCAGGGGCGUGGGCAAGACCCAGAACGGGCAGGACAAAGGGACCUCGUCCCGCCUGGGCCAGUCCCCCGCGGCCGCGCCGCUGAAACGCGCCUACGAGCACAUGGAGUUCCCCCUGAUGAAGAAGAGGAAGAUGGACGACGAUGACUCCCCCUCUGCCUUUGAGGAGAAGCCUGAAGAACCUGUAGUUCUAGCACUGGACCCCAAGGGUCACGAAGAUGAUUCGUACGAAGCCAGGAAAACGUUUCUUACAAAAUAUUUCAAUAAGCAGCCCUACCCCACUCGGAGAGAGAUCGAGAAGCUGGCGGCCAGUUUGUGGCUCUGGAAAUCUGACAUCGCGUCUCACUUCAGCAACAAAAGGAAGAAAUGUGUCAGGGAUUGUGAAAAAUACAAACCUGGGGUGCUGCUGGGCUUCAACAUGAAAGAGCUGAACAAAGUCAAACACGAGAUGGAUUUUGAUGCCGAGUGGCUGUUUGAAAACCACGACGAGAAGAAUUCCAGGGUCAAUGUCAGUAAGACUGUUGAUAAAAAAAUCAGCUUAGAAAAAGACAAUGACAGUUCCUCAGACAGCUACGAAAACCUAGAGGAGGAAUACAGCGAGAGCCGCAGUCCCUUUGGCCAGCGUGUGUCUGACAUGGGUGGGAAACCCUCGACAGACAGCACAGUGCAGGACCCCCAGGACAGCUUAGCCAAGGAAAUCCUGGAGGAAAACGCACUACAGUCUCCAGAGAAGGCUGAGCAAAAACAAGAGGAAAGCUCUAAAUACGAAGAGAUAAUGGCUGCUGAAGAGCCCACAAAACUGGUGGGUGACGUUUCGGAUAGCGAAGGUGAUCAGGAUGAGCAGGAAGAUGCAGUGGAGUGGAAGGAUGGAGCUUCCCAGUCUGAAAGCGGGCCUGGCUCCCAGCAGGUUUCAGAUUUUGAAGAUAACGCAUUGGAGGUAAAACCAGAAGUGUGGACAGAUGAAUCUUCCCAAAGCGAAGAUGUCGGGGGCAGUAAACCCGCUGUGGAGGCCAAGGGGGGUGGAUCUGAAAGCGAUGAAGAGCAGUCAAAGUGGAAGAAUCGUUCCUAUGGAAAAGUAGAAGGGUUUUGGUCCAAGGACCAGUCGCAAUGGAAAAAUGCCUCCGAGCUGGAGGAGAGCCUGGCCAGCGAGCAGAUGGAGUGGCAGAGCAGCACAAUGGACAGCGAGGACGGCGAGGCCUUCGGGGCCGUGGGGGCCGAGCCCAUGCACGGCAGCCUGCCCGGGGUGGAGCUCAGCAGCCAGCAGGCGUGAGCAGCCCUGGGCCUGGCACUGCCCGGGCACCGCUGCCCUGCCAGCUGC